UUCACGUGGAUUGCGCAUGCGCAAACAUCAUGGUGGCACUGGAUGAGCCGGCUGGGGAAGUUGUGGAAUAAUUCCCAAACUAAAGUUUUAACGAUACGAAUGGGGCGUUAACCCGGACAAUAUUAUAAUUGUUACGCUACACUAUAAGAGUGUGUCCUAAAGAAAGAAGAAGAACAAGAUGACAGCCAACGAGGAUCAAGAGAUGGAGCUGGAGGCUCUUCGCUCUAUCUAUGAGGGGGAUGAGUGUUUCAAGGAAAUCAGUCCAGUUUCUUUCCAGUUUAGGAUAGGAGAGCUUGAGGACACCAAAGCUUUCAUCCUGGAUGUCACAUGGCCGGAGAUGUAUCCUGAAACUGCCCCACAAAUAUCCCUAGAUGCUUUUUUCAACAACAGGAUCGGCCCCGACACCAAGACGCUGAUCCUGUCUAAGCUUAAUGAGCAGGUGGAAGCUAACCUGGGCACUGCCAUGAUGUACACGCUGUUUGAGUGGGCCAAGGAGAACCAGCAGACCCUCAUGGAGAACCACCAGCCUGUCAUUACUGCUGUGACACUGGCAUCCAGCAGUGACAUAACAACUAGCACCUCAACAGCCAAGAAGAAGGAGAAGAAAGAGCAGCUGACCAAAGCACAGAAGAGGAGGAUCACCAACAGAACAGAUAACAAGGGGGAGCUGCCAAGAGGUUGGGACUGGGUUGACGUUAUCAAGCACCUAAGCAAAACAGGAGGCAAAGAGGAGGACUAGGUCAGAGAGCAGUUACCUGGCGCUGCUUCUUACGAGGAGGUGCAGUGAAGUCGGCUGAAGUGGCCACGGCCUCCUGGUGCUGCUGCUGUCUAGAUGCCUUAGGAUCACCAACAAGUUCUGCUCAGAUGGCAAGAAACCAAAGCAGGCUGGAUAACACUGGACAUCAGCUCUGGACUGCACGCCAUUCUGACAGGAGAUGAGGCUACACACACACUUACAGCUGAAUAUUUUAUUAUUAUUUUUUUUUAAUCAAAGAGUCUAUAUGUGGACUUAAGAUUGUGCUUUAGCAUUGGGUGACAGCAGCCCAAGCUGUUUUUUUUGUUUUGUUUUUUUUCUGUGAGGUACAGCCAGGUCAGAGUGAACACCAGGCUUUGCUCAGUGCACACACCCCACUCUCAAAUUUCUGUUUGAUUAUGUGGUGCAGGUUUGCGUGAUUUCCUUCUCACAGAAGAGAGAUAGACUUACAUGCUGUCACUGCCAAUGAUGUAAAAGUCUCACUGAGAUUGGAUCCAGUUGCCAAGUUGCGGAGCCACAAAACGUGAGGCUGUGAUUCUAAAUGGAAAUGUCAAAGUAUCAAGUGUCAUCCCGCGGUAUCUCUGAGGUGUCGUGUGGCUGUGCUUUGUGAAAGCAGACAACAUUUUAAAAACUCACUAACUGGACCUGUUAUUCUUUUCAGCCUCUCUUUCUUACUUUGACAAAUGUUUGCUCUUCCCAACGGACUGAGAAACUUUACAUUUUUAUAUAUGAAUAAAAAAGAUUUGGUUGACUGCUUGUAACAUG